UUACCGAGGGACAUGGUGAAAUGAAUUUACCGAAGGUCAAAAGAGCAUUACCGAGGGGUUUGGGGCCUUCGGUAAGAGGCUCGACCCCUUAAACUGAGUAAUUGGGCGUAUUGGCAUAGGUCGUUCCUAAUUUCGUAAGACAACACCCUAUUCCCUCUCUGUUCUCGCGCCCAAUUUUGUAAAAGGUAAACUCUGCGUUGUGCUCCCUCAUCCCCUCCCUAUCCGUUCUUGUCCCCAAUUUGUGCUUCCCAUUGUCGUCGCCCAAGUUUGUCUUCCUCUCCCUCUCCCUUUCCCGUAUGUCCGGUUAGAUUGUGGGGGUAGGGUUCAGUGGUGUUCCAGCAGUGCAUUGGCAUUGCCGUUAAGAGGGUGGUCCGUUAACAUUACGAGGUCUGCGAAGGCGUAGAGAGGAGGGUGCUCCCGUGACGUGAGGGCGGCUGUCGUUGUCAAGGGAGGCUAUUGGGAGACGCAUUGAGAAGUUGCUGGUGCUGAAGUAGUGGAGUGUGCUUGUGUGAUUGGUCUCUCUAAUCUCAAGGUGAGUUUUUAAAGCAAUUUGGGCCAGAAGGGGAGGAAGGGAGUCUACAAAGAAGACUUGAGCAGGAAAGGAUAACAAAGGCGAAGAACAUGGCCCAUUAUCCCAACCAUCGUGGAUGGAUGUAUGACCGUUGUUAUAGUGGAAGGAGAGGUUUGAAAGAAUCCUUUGUCAUCGGAGUUGAAGAGUUCGUGGAGACGGCACGACGAUAUCAAUAUUAUGCCCUUGAUGGAGGGAUUCGAUGUCCAUGCAUCAAGUGCGAAUGUACAAGCAUUCUGAAAGAUGAAGUUGUCAAAGUUCACCUUUACCAAAAAGGGUUCAUGCCUAAUUACACGGUCUGGACAUUUCAUGGUGAAGAAAUUCCUUCGACCUCCACUGCAGCUGAAAAACGGCUUGCAUCAGUAAUGACAGGACAAGGUACAGAGCGUCCUGAUAAAGGAAAAGGGGUAGCAAGGCCUACAAAGAGGAAACGGCAGGCACCAAAGUAUGUACUUAGGGUGCCUGCUAGACUACCUACCCCUGCUCCCGGUAGUUCAUCAUCUGUGGGGCCUCCUCCUACCCCUAGUAUACAAACUCCUACACCAGCAGUAGACCCUACUCCUCCUCCUCGUGCAGUACACCCUUCUACUACCACUGCAGUAGACCCUUCUCCUCCUCCUGCAGCACACCCUUCUACAACCCCUGCAGCAGACCCUCUUCCUCCUCCUCUUAUUGCCACCCCCACUCCUCCCCCUAUUGUUAUUACCCCCACUCCUCUCCCUGACCCUACUUCUAUACCUUCCUCAUCUUCUGUACCUCCUUCUGAGACUGUCACACCACUUGGUGAUCCAGAUUCAAGUGGUGAUGCUGAAGAUCUUGACCCGCCCCUCCAUGAUCGACCAUGGAUUGAGCCCUAUGGUAAAGGGUUUAUUCCAUCUAGGGUUGCUUCCCAGGCCAUCACACGUUCAAUAAAGCAACAGUUUUUAACUCCAUGGCCUACUUGGGGAGCAAUACCUCAUGACGACAGAAAGCCAUUCUGGCAGCACUUUCAGGUGAGCAAUCUAUUACACUAA